UACCUGUCCUGUCUAGCUUUUUUGUCUUCAAUUGUAAGAGUCAUUACAUCGGCCCUACACUUCCUCAACCUCCUUCUACACUGCAUACACCAAAAUACCUUUGCCCUAAAUCGACCCACUCUAAAUCAUUAUAGAAGUUACCCAGGACUUCUAGUUAAGAGCAAAAUGGGUUCGACAGAAGAUUGGUCACCAUCAUCCUGGCAUGCAAAGCCUAUCAAGCAGAUCGUUAGCUACGAAGACCAAGACGCCUUGUCCUCUGCUUUGACAAAACUAUCCAGCCUACCACCAAUCGUCACACCGAGUGAGAUCGUCAAAUUAAAAUCCAGUCUCCGAGAUGCCGCACUGGGCAAAUCCUUCCUCCUACAGGGGGGCGAUUGUGCUGAGCUCUUCUCCUACUGCGCUGAUGACCCAAUUGACGCCAAAAUCAAGCUUCUCCUUCAAAUGAGCUUGGUUCUCAUCUGGGGAUCAAACAAGCCUGUGAUUCGAAUCGGGAGAAUGGCGGGACAGUACGCGAAGCCAAGGUCUAGUCCUACUGAAAUGCUGGAUGGCAAGGAGGUUCCAAGCUUCCGCGGGGAUAUUCUGAACGGUUUUGAUCAUGCGCACCGCAACGUCGACCCUGAGCGUUUGGUCACAGCCUAUUUUCACUCCGCUACGACACUCAACUACAUUCGCGGCCAGCUUGCAAGUGGAAUCGCAGACUUGCACAAUCCGUUAGACUGGGGCCUUGGUCACGUGCGGGACCAGGAAUUACAAACAAAGUAUUCGCAGAUCGUGUCCAGUAUCUCGGAUUCACUGCGAUUUAUGAGGACGAUUGGUGCAGAUACAGCGGGUCAACUGCAAACGGUUGAUCUGUACACCAGUCACGAAGGUUUGGUGUUGGAAUAUGAACAAAACCUGACAAGGCGUCUCAGACACCCUGCCGGCUAUCGCUCAAGCAACCCUUCAUCUGAUGGUCGAGGAUGGUACAAUACUUCCGCACAUUUCAUCUGGAUUGGCGAUCGGACAAGACAGAUCGAUGGCGGUCAUGUCGAAUAUUUCCGUGGUAUUGAGAACCCCAUCGGUAUCAAAGUGGGACCAUCGAUGAAAUCAGACGAGCUGAUCGAAUUACUUGACAUUGUGAACCCCGCGAAAGAGAUUGGAAAAGUGACAUUGAUUACACGUUAUGGAAAAGACAAAGUGGAUUCAAUGUUGGGACCCCACAUUGAAGCAGUCAAAAGCAGUGGACAUGUUGUCGUGUGGCAAUGCGACCCUAUGCAUGGAAACACGCAUAGUACGCCAGCUGGUAUCAAGACCCGAUCCUUUAACAGUAUCUUCUCAGAGCUUUCUUCGGCCUUGGAAAUUCAUAAACAGCAUGGCUCCUUCCUUGGUGGAAUGCAUCUAGAGUUGACUGGAGAUGCAGUCACUGAAUGUACAGGUGGAAGUGAAGGGCUCAACGAGGACGAUCUUGGCUUGAACUACACGACGUAUUGCGAUCCUCGACUGAAUGAGAAGCAAGCACUCGAAUUAGCUUUUCUAGUCGCUGGUCACUACAGAGAGAACGAGAAAAGCUAA